ACCAACUCUAUAAUUAAGAUCCACCUCACAGUUUGAUAACCUUUAUUUCAUACUUUCUCCUCUAUUUCAUUCAAACACCAACGUUUUAGAAAUGGCAACAGCAUCGUUUAACAUGCAGUCAGUCUUCGCCGGUGGUUUGGCCACUCGCAAGAUCAACACAAACAAGCUAUCCGUCGCCGGUAACUUCACAAAUCUCAAGAGGAACUAUCCGGUGGGAGUGAGGUGCAUGGCUGAGGGAGAACCCAAGAAGGAUGAGUCUGCACCUUCGACCUCGGCGUCUCAGCCUUUGUCUAGUUCAGCAUCGCCGCCACCACCUCCACCUCCUACUAAACCUAAGGUGAGCACCAAGUUUAGCGACUUGCUAGCGUUUAGCGGUCCAGCACCAGAAAGGAUAAACGGGCGUUUAGCGAUGGUUGGAUUCGUGGCUGCCUUGGCGGUUGAACUGUCCAAGGGUGAAAAUGUUUUCGCUCAGAUCUCCGAUGGUGGUGUCUCGUGGUUCCUCGGUACGACUGUGAUCUUGACGCUUGCGUCGCUUGUACCUCUUUUCAAGGGUAUCACCGCUGAGUCUAAGUCCAAAGGUUUCAUGACGUCCAACGCUGAGCUUUGGAACGGACGUUUCGCGAUGCUUGGUUUGGUCGCGUUGGCGUUUACUGAGUUUGUCAAGGGUGGGACCCUUGUCUGAGGAAAGAAACUUUCUUAUGGGGGGAGAGUUUAUAUUACAGUUUUACCCCUGAAUUCUGUAAAGUAAUCUUGUUUGAUAAGUGUGUUUAGGCCUACUGCGUGUUUCUUUACAUAUGUAGCAGCGACAUGAGACUUUGGGUUAAAACACUCUAUAUCAGUAAAAUCAUUGAUGUUUCUCUAAAAU